CCCUGGGCGAAAGUUGGACCCGAACAAGACUUCUUUAUGACUUCCUUGCGUCUGAAAAUGGCUUCCAAAUUUCAGAAUGAGGGAACUUGUGCCUAUUUCGCUAAAGAUUAUGCUACAGCGCUUUUCAAGUUCACCGAAACCAUUCGAAUCGAACCCAAGAAACACGAUCUUUAUCUGCAACGUUCUUCUGUGUACAGAUUGCGGUCAGAAUUUCAGGAAUCAUCGUCUGAUGCGAGCAAAGCCAUUUAUCUUAGCCCAAAUUCAUACGAGGAAUGGGUCUAUAGGGAAAUUGCGCUUGAGGGCUUAGGAAAGCCGGUGGCUGCCCGUGACGCGCAUACAAGAACCAUCUAACUGCUCGAUCUAUGCCCAGCAAUCAGAGCUCCAGAUUACAUUUUGGAUAGAGAGCAGUGUUCCCCACAAACCUCGCGACGCUCCUCAAAGAAUGGAACCUUAAGUUUCCCUCGGAGAUACCACCAUGCUCCUGUGGUGUUACCGUUCCCAGGCAGGAAUUUAAA